CAGAAAAUCUGUCACAAAAACUUGAGUGUGAAAGUGUGGAUUUAAUAUAUAUAUGUAUUUUCUUGUACUUUAUUGCCGAAGCGAGCCAGCAAAUUCGGAACGUUGACUUUAAUACUCAACAUGUACGCGAUUGCUUUGCGGUUCAUAUGUGUUAGCUUGUUGUUCGGCUUCACUUUUUGCUGCUAUUAUUGUUUUAUCGACGUGUACGACAGCUAUGACAUUUGUCGCGGUUUCAUUGAGACAGAAUACCAAACUCAAUCUGUUGACAGCUGCAUGGAGAUGCUAAACCGAGUAUUCAACCACAAUCAGACCGUUAUUGAGGCUGGGACAGUGGGCGUUGGCUAUGAUACACAGCUGAAAGAACUUAUGGAGGCACAGGUGGCGCUCCUCAAGGAGGAAUUUGUUGGGCAGCGAAAUUAUGACACAGUGUAUGAGAAAAAACUUCAGAUGGCAGCCAACAAUUUUGUCGCAGCUGCUUCCAAACUGCCGAGAGCUCAUGGAUGUUUCCCUCCAUGUGGUAUUCAGGGUGUAGAUAAAGACUACAACUGCUCAACAUGCAUGUACAACCCCUGUAAUUAUCCUCUCGACUGCCCAAUCCAAGAUGUGGAAGUAAUGGAGACAGACAGGACCAGAAUGUGGUGCAACGUGCAGUUUCAGCUGCCUAAAGAUAUCAUGGUGAUCUGGAGGUUUGCACAAGGGGUGAAAACGCAAGUAACAGAUGAAUUUGAAGAGGUGACCGUAGGAACAGACAGACUCUAUUCCAUCCUUUUUGCCUAUCCAGAGCAAGAGGGCACCUAUCAGUGUGAAAUCUACUCCCAAGACAUUCCUAUUGUCAAAGUCUACUUCUACGUUACAGUGACCCCCUCCCCGGCUGAAGCACGCCGCGAGGAGCUGCAGGAGCUGUUCGACCUGUAUCUGCUCCCAGGAGGCCUUUUGGUCCCUGAGACUGAUGACCCUCCCCAGCAGCCGCCCCUCUCGCCGGUGCUCCUCACCGCCUGUUUAACAUCAGUGAUGCUGCUGCUGUUUCUCUCCCUGGGGGCUCUCUUUCUGUUACCACCAGCAGGCAAUAUACAUUUUGCUGAACAAGCAGGAGCAGAUAAAAACAUAUAAUGCUGAGAGAAAUCACAGCUGACAAGAAGACUGGAUGUGUCUGCUUCCACCACUAGAUGGCAGGACCUUAUUAGUUGUUCUCUACUCACCCACUGUAAUAUACAUACACACUGAGCUGCAGUUGUUGACUCUUUUUCUGCUCAUAAUAAUAAUAAUAGUU